AUGGUCGAAUUGAAGAUAACCGAAGAUAUCAAAGUUGGCGGCAACAAUCCCUGUUUUAUUAUAGCUGAAGUCGGACAGAACCAUCAAGGUGACAUUGAAAUUGCGAAAAAGUUGAUAAAAGCAGCCAAGGAUUCGGGUGCUAGCUGCGUGAAAUUUCAAAAAACUUGCUUAAAAGAGAAAUUUACAAAAAAGUAUUUAGAGAGACCUUAUGACAAUCCCAAUUCGUGGGGCAAAACGUACGGCGAUCACAAAAAACAUUUAGAAUUUACAGAAACCCAAUAUAGAGAACUGUUCAAAUAUGCACAGGAGGUCGGCAUUCUGUUUACCGCCUCAGCUAUGGAUAUGGUGUCAUUUGACUUUCUUGUCAACAUCAAAGUGCCGUUUAUAAAAAUUGGUUCCGGCGACUCGAACAACCUGCUGUUUUUGAAAUAUGCCGCGUCGAAAAAGGUCCCGUUGAUCAUAUCGACUGGAAUGGUGGACAAGAAAGCUGUCAAAACGAUCUACGACAUAAUAUCUGCUCAACACAAACAGUUCUGCCUAUUGCAUUGCAUCUCAGCUUACCCCGUGCCGUUCGAAGAUUGCAAUUUAGCAGUUCUACAAGACUACAUGAAAUCUUUCGACGUUCCUGUGGGAUAUUCCGGACAAGAAGUCGGCACGGCUGUGGCCUUGGGCGCUGUUGCAUUGGGAGCGAAGGUAUUGGAGAAGCAUAUAACAUUGGACAAGAGCAUGAAAGGCACCGACCACGUGUGUUCGUUGACGCCACCCGAGUUCCAACAGCUCGUACGAGAUGUAAGAGUGAUAGAAGCAGCGCUUGGAACGCCUAUAAAAAAAGUUGUCACGUCAGAAAUACCAUGCAUUGAUAAACUUCAGAAGUCGCUAGUGAUGGGAAGCACAAAGAACAAAGGCGAAAUAUUGUAUCCGGGAGAUGUAAAAAUUAAAGUUGCCGAACCAAAAGGACUGAAUGCGCUGCAUUUUGAAGAGGUCAUUUACAAGACUCUUGUGUAUGAUAAGAAAGAAGACGAGCCUCUUUACGAAGGAGAUUUCUGUUAA